AAUUAGACAGCCCCAUGAUGCGCGAUACAAAAGCGACUACGAGUUUAUUUCCGGAUUGUUUUGGAUUAUUUUCGUGUUGUUGAUAUAUUUUUUGGAAUUAGAACUUUCAUUAAACAAAGAUAAAUGAAUUGCAACGGAGUAUGUGAAGAUUUUCAAGACUGCUUGAAAUUAGGCAUAUUGCAUAUUCCAUCUGGACGAUUUCUUACCGCGGAAGUGUUUAACAAUGAAAUUAAUAUUUCUGGAACAGCGCUAAGACGUCGUCAAGUAUGGACGUUGAUCACUGAUCGAAAGCAUACGGAUACAUUAUUUUUACAAAAUUCUUUGGGUCGUUUUCUAUCAGUUAAUAAAGAUGGCAAAAUAAGUACAUCAUCGAAAUCAGAUGCUGAAGAACGUUUUCGUUUAGAAUUUGCGCCGGAUGGUACAGGGGAAUGGGCUUUCAAAUCGGAUACCUAUGGUUUUUAUCUGUCUGGUUCAGAUACUCAAGUCUCAUGUUUCUCGAAAUCUCCUGUUUGGUGGUCAGUUCGUUUAGCUACACACCCUCAAGUACACAUUCGUCAUCAAUUUCGUUCACGUUAUCUACGUCUUCUUAAUGAUGGUCUGGAGCUUCGAGCUGACCAACCGUAUCCAUGGGGUGCAGAAUCUGUUAUAUGGAUUGAACAACCGACAAUGGUUACAAGUCAAGGCUUUGGUCGUGGUCCAAAUGUCCCAGUUGUUGGUAAAGCCGCUGUAUCACGUCUUGGUCGUGUUGCUUUCAAAAUGCCAAAUGGUAAAUAUUUAAAACCAAGUGGAGAAAUGGCUGAUGAAAUGGAUGAUUCUACUUUAUUUUCUAUUGAAUAUCGUCCAGGUAAUCCAGGGACAUUUGCUUUUCGUGAUCAAAAAGGCUAUUACUUGACUACAAUAGGACCUGGAACAACUAAAGUGAAAACAAAUACAACAAAUAUUGGUAAAGAAGAACUCUUUUUAAUUGAGCAUACUGCUCUACAAGUUGGUAUACUAGCGCAUAAUGGUAAAUUUGCAUCAGUAAAACAAGGUGUUGAAAUCUCUGCUAAUCAACAUGAACUAGACGAAACAGCUAUAUUCCAAUUGGAGUAUAUCGGUGGGAAGGGAUUUAAUGCAUUAGAGGCUGUAGCCGCUAAUCCAAUUCCAAAUCAAUUAUCUGGUCCAGAUGGGGAUUCAUUGAACAAUACUAUUAAUAGUAAUAGUAAUAAUAAUAAUGCUAGCCUAAUAAGCAAUAACCAUUCACUUACUAAUGGUGGUAUUCAUUCAGAUGUCUACUUCUUGACAACAGGAUUCUGGCGUCUACGUUCACGUAGUGGAAAGCUAUGGAAACUUGCUGCUUCGUCGGGUGUAAAGAAUAUGGCUUCAGAUGGAGAUCAAGACAGCUUAUUUGAACUAUUAACUGUGAAUAAACCAAGCGAUAAACGACUUCGUCAGCUAGUAUUUCGUUCAAAUCCUGGCAGUGGUAAAGCAACUACUGAUGGACAGUCUUUAACAGCUCGUAAACUUGGCGCUGUGUCAACAAGUGGUCGUCCAGUGGAUGAAAGUCAACCACCAUCUACAGAUGAACUGUUCAAUAUUGUAUUGACAAAUAGAACAUCAAUUGUAUUUCUUUCACAGUUGACUGGUGGAUUUUUAGUUCGUGGUAAACAGAAUAUUCUUGAUUCAAAUGGUGUUGCUUUUGAACCAUUUUAUCUACGAGUUACAAAACGGCACACCUAUCGAUUUUUUGCCCGUAAUCAAAACUCAACAUAUUCCAUAUGGACUGCUGGUGUUGACGGUUCUCUGCAACUUGAAUCAACACAACAAACACCCAACGAUGACGAUAGUGAUAGUGAUGAAAGCAAUAAUCUUAGUGAUAGUGAAUCUAAAUACGAGUUCCAACUACACUUUCUUGGUCAUGGUCGUGUUCUUAUACAAUCAUUAUUUCAUCAACGUGGUUCUAUUGCUUUAGUCAAAUCAGAAGUGAAAGGUGAUGUAAAAUUGGAUGUACCAUCAUCACCGGUAGGAGAGUUAACAGCUAAUUAUAUUUGGGAAAUUUAAACAAACAAACAAACCACUAAAUUUAUUUCAUUACAUUAUUUUACAAGACAAAAAGUGUAUUCAUAUAUAUCCAUUUUUAUUGAUUGAUUUAUUUAUCACCGAUUAAAAAUACAUUUCAUCAUUUCAAGUAAUAUAUGACGUCACCACUGCUGCCCACAUCAUUCAUCACUCCCUCUUUUUAUCUAUUUAAAAAUUUAAACUACUGAUUUAACAUUUCAGUAGUUUGUUUAUCAUUGUCAAAAAAAGUUCAUCACAUGAAAUCUUAACUGUGUAUUUCUUCAAUAUGCAUAUAAAGGUCAUUAUUACAUUACAGAUAUGGAAUGUUUCUGCAUUUUUUUUUACUACUACUAAUAAUAAUUCCUACUAUUGGCAUUUAUAUCUUUAAUCAAUAAUGGUAAUAAUGUUUGAAAGGUAUAUUUCCCCUCCCUGAAGAAUGUGAUGAAAACACAAUGCAACACACCUGAACACAAACACGUCGUAAUAGUUGUAAAUUUGUUGUGUUUUCUUUCUUUGAUUGCUUGAAACCUUGUGAAAUUAUUGAUAUUAUUAUUAUUAUUUUUUCCACAUGGUUUGCAAAAAACAUAAAUAAAAUGUUACUAUUUUUUGUGCUUCCUUCAAAAGCAAAAAUAUUUUCGAGUUUUGGUUUGCAAGGAUUUGAUUGGUUACAGGGUUUCAUCAUGAACUGACACUGGUUAGAGAACCAUUGGA